UCAUAAUUGUUCAUCCUCAACAAACUCUAUCUCGCUCGCUUGCUUCGGCUUUGACGAGGGCAUGCCACCACCUCGCAAAUUUCAUACGAAGUCACACACCGGUUGCAUUCAGUGCAAACGACGAAGGGUCAAGUGUGGCGAAGAAAAGCCCGUGUGUCUACGAUGCAAGAAGCGAAGAGAGAUCUGUACAUUCGACUCCACCGAAAGUCCUCCGCUUGCGACUCCCACAGACAAUCUUGACAACACCAGUCACCAAAGGCCGCCGCGAGGUCAGGAGCUCUAUCUCAUGCACUGGUUCUCAACCGAGGUCUACACAAGUCUAUCAGAGUCGCCAGACGACUUGGAAACGUGGAGAACGCUCAUUCCGCGCGAAGCGGUCAAACACGAUUUUUUGUUAGACGGCUUACUUGCUAUUGCGUGUCUCCACCAUGCCGAUCACAUUCACGAGGCAUCUGACUCGUAUAGAGAGCUUGCCCUUAACUACCAAGAUUGGGGUUUAGCUAAUUUUCGGGAAGCACUACAGCAAAUCUCUUCGCAUAAUGCCAAUGCCGCACUGAUCUUUUCGGGCUUCAUCACCGUGAUAGCAUUAGCAUUGUCUAAAGACUCAGGAGAUCCACCUCCAGAAGCCUCUUUGUCUGUACGCACGCUUCUUUGUGGCUCGGCCAGUAUCAUACAUAAUGCUCCAGAGCCCCUGUCUAGUGGUUUAAUAGGACAUAUUCUCAAGCCAAGCGUAGGUGACGCCACACACUACAGCGAGCAGGCCAAAGAAGCAAUGAACCGCCUGCGCACUCGCAUAUCACAGAUUGCUAAACUGGUCUCUGUCAAGCGCCGACAGGUCUAUGAAAGUAGUGUCGCAUAUCUAGAACAUCUUAUGCAGCAUGCACUUGGGAAUCACUAUGCUCCCAUCUUCGAAUGGCCGAUACAGGUCGAUGAAAGGCUGGUUGACCUGUUCCGCGAAGGAGAUCCGAUGAGCCAGCUUAUUUGGGCUCAUUAUGGAGUGAUGCUUCUCAAGCUUCAUAAUCGUUGGUGGGCUAAAGAUGUGGGCAUACGUCUGAUUGAAAGUCUGUGCGAUAUAUUGCAUAGUAUAGACGAAGAGUGGACUGAAUGGACGGUAUGGCCAAGGACAUGUAUCGCGUCACUCCUUGAUGGAGACUUCAACUUCUGAACAUUCGCCUACGCUUAGCCAGGUACGAACAUGCUGUCGGAAUCAAGCGCAGAAAGUUCAACUGUAAUCUCUUCAACUUUCAUGGAACCCUGCCGGCCUAGGUCGAGCAAUUCUCCAUCUCACAAACCCGUUUUCAUCAAGUAAGAAGUAGAGAUCACAUAUAUGAUGAC